AUGAAGAAGAAGCAAGACGAAGUUCCGAAGCAAGCCAUGCGAGAGCGUGAGCCAGGCCAGUCCGUGAGCGACGCCGUGGAACUAGAUACAUAUGUGGUGGGGAUGGCGAAGACGAAUGGUGCCAACACGACAUCAGUGGAAGACGAGCGAUCUCGUUGUCAGCAAGUCAUAUACAUACUACUACUGUCGCUGAUGAGCGUACGCCAUACCCGCAAACGCCAAUACCAGCCUUCGAACCAAACCACUCUCAACUCAUACUUCGGUCGCCAUGUCUCCGGUAACGCACAGCCGCGAUCGCCAAUGUCGCCAGCACUCCCGGAAGAUGUUCAGUCGUCGCUGGUCAAUGUUGGAAUGCGUGUCCGAAAAGCUAUGAGCGAUGCACAAUCCCCGAAGGUCUACGGCUCAGCGGAUGCUUGCGUUCUGCCGGCGUCGUCAGCUCCGGUGCGCAUAAUCCCUCGUCAAGAACUACAACCAUUCUGUGGGCUACACAAGACAGGUGGAUGGGCCGUACAAGAUGUGCCUCCCUCCUCGGCACCUGCGGCCAUGCGCCAAUGCGAGGAUUACGACAAUGAAGGCAUGCCAUCACUUUCAAUGUCGCAAAGCACAAUUCCAUCAACGCAGAGCAGCUCCAUGAGCACGUCUUCGAGCUUGGGCGCAAAGAAGCGCACGUAUGAAGAUGAAGCCGAGAACGACAUGGACGCAUUCUUCGACGAAUCCGAGGAUGCAGUAGCGCAAGAACCAGAUGCACUCCGUCCGAUCGCAAGAAUGAAAUGCCGGACUGGAAAGAACAAUGCGCAAAUUCUAAAUGACAAUGGGGACUUCGAGGAAGCACCCUUUUUGAUGCCGAUGGACGUGCAAUAG